CACAAAAUGUCUGGCUUUGAGCCACUCAUUGUUCAUAUGGAAGAGCUUCUGUCCAGGAUAAUUCUCUUGCUGUUUACAACUUGACGAACCGAGCGCUGUCCUUCCCUAAGCGACAUCGCACUUCACGUCGUGGACUAGUCCGAACUGGUGAUCAGGACGAGAUGCUGCUUCCUAAACCACUCCAGAUGAUUAUACAAAAACCGGCGGCUGUAUUUAAAUAAGAACGAAGGGUGUAAAUGUUGAGAAAGGACAACAUGGGGAAAGGAGUGGCUCUGUUCCUUCUACUGUUGGCACUUCUUCACGAGGCUAUAGGCCAGAAAAUAAGAAACGGAAAGUAUAGUGUCCUCAGAGAUGGAGAAAAUGACAUGACAACAUGCUCCAUGGAGGUGGCCUUCAUUCUGGACAGUUCGGAGAGCGCCAAGACCUUGCUGUUCGAGAAGCAGAAGUCCUUUGUUCUGCAUUUCAGCACUCGUCUCACCAUGCUCCAGUUGUCUGGAUGGACCCUAAAGCUGCGGAUGGCUGCUCUCCAGUACAGCAGCUCCGUGUCUAUAGAGCACAGCUUCACUGCCUGGCAGGACCUGGAUGUGUUCCACAGCAGAGUCAGCUCCAUGGCCUACAUUGGCCAUGGCACCUACUCCACCUACGCCAUCACCAACGCCACACAACUCUUCACCCAGGAGACCAAGGAGGACAGCGUCAGGGUGGCGGUGCUCAUGACCGACGGUGCCGAUCAUCCGAGGAACCCUGAUGUGAUCGGAGCAGCGGCAGAUGCUAAGGGUAGUGGUGUGAAGCUCAUUGCUAUAGGGUUGUCGGACCUGGCCCGCCAGAGCCAGAACAGUGCCAAACUCCGGGCUAUCGCCAGCACUCCGGCCAAGCAAUUCGUCCACAGUCUCACUGACCCCCAGCUAGAGGAGAAGUUACUGAAAGAGUUGGAUGCAAUAGCGCUUGAGGCGUGUCCACAGGCUAAAGUGUGUUUGUGUGAAAGAGGGGAGAGAGGCCCUUCUGGAAACCCAGGUAAAAAAGGAGAUCCAGGAUAUGAAGGACCAUCUGGUCCAAAAGGAUCACGGGGAGAACCUGGAGUCAGUGGCCGACCAGGAAGUGACGGUCUUGAGGGCAGUCCUGGUUAUAACGGUGACAAGGGGGAGAUAGGAGACUGUGGCACCCCUGGGGAUAAAGGAGAUGAAGGCCCCGGAGGACCUCCUGGCCCACGGGGACCCAGAGGAGACCAGGGUGUUAACGGACCACCCGGGGACCAGGGUCCGGAGGGCCAAACAGGACCUAAAGGGGACCAAGGAACCACCGGUGCAUCUGGACCAGCAGGGGACAUUGGCAUUGGGUUCCCAGGUCCAAAGGGGGCCAAAGGAAUUCAGGGAAGACCAGGAACCCUUGGUCCCAUUGGAAUUGGAGAGCCAGGACAGCCAGGACCCCCAGGACUUGCUGGAGCACAGGGUAACCAGGGAGCUGUUGGGGAGGGGCUCGCUGGCCCAAAGGGGGAUCGAGGCUACGAGGGCCCCAGAGGUGAGCGUGGUCUCACUGGUGUUGGGGUCAAAGGUGAUAAGGGAAAUCCUGGACAGCUUGGAUCACAAGGACCGGUGGGAAUGCCAGGGGCAGGAAUUCAAGGAGAAAAGGGGAACCAAGGGCCAGUUGGCCCUCCAGGCCCCAGAGGGAAUCCAGGUGUGGGACUUAUGGGCCAAAAGGGAAGCCAAGGCUUCUCAGGUGAGCCUGGAAUCCCAGGGGAGAGKGGUGURGGGGAGCCAGGACCUAAAGGAGACCCAGGAUCGGAGGGGUUGCCUGGUAUUCCGGGCCUCUCUGGAGAGGAUGGAGACAUAGGACAGAAGGGUGACAUUGGGUUACAUGGGCCCAGGGGACCUGAUGGGGCACCCGGAAAAGGUGUCCCUGGAGAAAAGGGAGACCGAGGGGAGCGGGGCUCCAGGGGCCAGCUAGGGGCAGUAGGGCCUGUGGGGCAAAUGGGGGCCAAGGGUGAACCCGGAAGUGCUGGACGAGCAGGUACAAACGGACCACCUGGGCGGGGGUUACCCGGUAUCAAGGGGGACCCUGGUGCAGUAGGUCCACCCGGACAUGUUGGUGAACCAGGAAUAGGAAUCAUUGGACCGAAGGGGGAGAGAGGGCUACCAGGGCCCAUUGGUCCACCUGGGCUUGAAGGGGAAGGCCUUCCUGGAACUCCAGGAGCCCCUGGAGUACCAGGACUGACGGGUGAGAUUGGACCAGAAGGAAAAGGUUUACCUGGUCCUAAGGGAGACCGGGGAACUCCAGGCCCCACAGGACUAGCUGGAGCACCAGGAGUUGGGCUAAUGGGCCCCAAGGGGUCAGCGGGUCAGAUUGGAGCACCGGGUCCCCAGGGACUGCCUGGAGAGGGCAUUCAAGGACCAAAGGGGGAGUCAGGAUUCCAGGGGAUCACGGGCCCCAGGGGGCCCCCAGGACAGGGUAUUCAAGGGGAUAAGGGAGACAGGGGGUUCGUGGGUGAACGAGGCAGAAAAGGGGACGGUGGAGAGACUGGAGAGACAGGAGCUGCUGGACCUUUGGGCAGACUGGGAGAAAAAGGGGAACCUGGCCUAACAAGAGAGGAGGUCAUCAAACUGGUCAGAUCUAUAUGUGGAUGUGGGGUGAAGUGCCGUGAGAGCCCACUGGAGUUGGUCUUUGUGAUUGACAGCUCAGAGAGUGUGGGCCCUGACAACUUCAACGUGGUUAAGGACUUUGUGAACGCUCUGGUCGACCGUGCCUCCGUGAGCCGGGAGACCACUCGCGUCGGGGUGGUCCUCUACAGCCACAUCAACAUGGUGGUGGUCAGUCUGCACCAGCAAGCCAGCCGGGACCAGGUGAAGAAGACGGUCCGCACAAUGACCUACCUGGGCGAAGGCACCUUCACGGGCAGCGCCAUACAUCAGGCCAAUCAGGUGUUCCGGGCGGCCAGGCCCGGGGUGAGGAAAGUGGCCAUAGUGAUCACAGAUGGACAGGCGGACGAGAGGGACUCUGUGAGGCUGGAGGAGGCAGUGAAAGAGGCCAAUGGCAGUAACAUUGAGACGUUUGUCAUCGGGGUGGUGAACCAGAGUGAUCCGCUGUACGAGGAGUUUAAGAAAGAGCUCCACCUCAUGGCCUCUGACCCAGACAGGGAACACGUCUACCUGAUUGAUGACUUCAAGACACUUCCUGCCCUUGAGAGCAAGCUGCUGAGUCGGAUCUGUGAGAGUGAUGGUGGGGCCCAGUUCAGCUCCAUCCCCAGCUCCAGAUACUCCCCCGGAACCCCUGGACAAGCCGGGAUUGUCAGGGAAACCCCAGAGAGGACUGAUACGGACACACCCACUUUCAAUGGAGACUUUAAAAAAACACAGAUGGUGCCAGGUCCACCAGGAGAGUCAGACAGAGUCUUUAUCCCACAGGGCCCCCAGACCGGGGACCAAGAUAACUCGGAGACCAACAGGGUCCCAUCCUUUGACAGGGAACCCUUCAAGCGCCUACCAGAGUUCCUUCUUCCUUCAGAGAUGAAGAACCCCUCCCACAGUGUGGUCAUGACGGGCUCCCAGGCCCCCACCCAGAGGCCCCUUCCCGUAGUAAAGCUACCCGGGCUCCCCCCAACCUCUCCCCCAACCUCUCCACCUCUGCCCCAGGAUGCUUUAAUACCAGAUGAGAGAUGUGGACAGACUCUGGACCCCGGGCCUUGCAGGAAUUACUUUGUGAAGUGGUACUAUGACACUACGGCUAAUGCCUGUGCCCAGUUCUGGUUCGGAGGCUGUCAGGGAAACCAAAACCGAUUUGAGUCGGAGAAGAGCUGCAAAAAAAACUGUGUUAAGGUCUAACAUACACACAUUUGUUGACUUGUUUUGAAUGCUUACAAAUCUACUUGACUGUAUUGAUAAGACAUGAUAUAUUUGGGUCAAAGGUGGGUCAAUUUCAAUAUCAGUGCCUUAUCUCUUCACCAAUACUUUGAAAUGGGGAUAGAAAUUGGAUAGAAAACUUGUCGAAGAGAGGACUAGGUGAUGUUGGGACCAAAUGCUCGAUCACAGUUAUUUUGGAUUCGUAUUCCCUCGUCUUGGAACUGUUGGUGGUAACAUGGCACCAAUUCAAUUUAACUUGAAUUAAAUUGAAUUUAUCCCCUCAGGGGCAAUAAGCUAUUUACAUAACUCUGUAUAUGUGUGUCUUUGGUUUAACAUAAAGCUCCCUCAUUUCUUGGAGGUAACUGUAAGUGAAUGAGACUUAGGGCUUUUGAAAGUAUACAGUAAGGGAACCAUUCCAUUUAUUCAUGUUCAAGAUGGAGUGAAGAGGGCAGAACACUAAAUGGUAAUGUUACAAAUGUGGCAGAAGUUCAUAACACUAACCUUUAUCCCUGAUUAACUUUUCUAUAAGUAACUCAUUUGUAUGAAAACUGACUGCUGGAUAUUAUUGUUUGUAACACUGCACAAUUUCAUUAAAGUUAAUUAAAUGAA